AUGAAAUUUGCUGAAAGAAUGAACGUUACAAAUUUUUAUGCUUCAGAUGGUUGGUUAGACCGUUGGAAAAAGCGAUACAACAUAUCAUUUAAAAUGGUUUCUGGUGAAGCUAAUGCAUGUACAAGUGAAAUGGUAGCACCAGGGGAGGAAACCAAGUUACCAACCAUUUUAUCAAAAUAUAAGUUGAACCAGGUUUAUAAUUCUGACGAAUUUGGCUUGUUUUAUCGGCUCCAACCAAAUAAAUCUUUACAUUUUAAAAAUGAAAAAUUUGUUGGUGGGAAACACAUCAAACUACGUCUUACAGGAUUGGCAUCUGCAAUGCAUUAG